UGUCUAAAAUUAAAAAAAAAACAAACUUCCGUUUGAUUUUUUGUGUGGCUGACUAACUAAUGAAAACCAUGCUACGUAAUUUGCGUUUCCCGUUAAUAUUUGGUGGUCUCUUGGCCGCUUAUGGUACAGCUUUUAUAUACAGGAAAAACUACCUACAAGAACCAGAUAGAUUGGAUGAAGAUACAUACAACCAAAAACAGAAUGAAUUGAUGCAGCACAAGAAACUAGCAAAUGAUCAAAGAAAGAAAAUGUUGGAUCAGAGGAAAAAGAUGAUGGAGGAGAAAAACAAUUAGUUCACAAAAAACAAUACAAUUUUCAUAAUUUUAUUCAGUGACUGUUAUUGCUAAAUUAAAAUUAACUUUAAGCUAUAUAAUAUAGAUAAUGAUAUUUAAAUUCUAUUACAAAUAUGGAUUCACCAAAUAAGGAUUUACAAAGUGGAAUAAAGACUUCAUCACCCUACAAAACUGUCGACAAUUGUUCACUGACAGUUAAUCAGAGACCUAGGCCUAGGCCUGCAUUGGUAGGAAAUGCUAAAGAAGAUGGAAUUCCCCUCAGGUACCUAGAGGUUAGCCUUCAUGACCUAAUGGAGGAUGAGGGCAAGAGCUCACCAUCGGAUUUCAAGUUGCCACAAGGAAAGCAAAGUCAAAGUGAGGAGGAGAGACUCGCUUGCCACAUAUGCAAAAAAGUUCUUGCGCAUAUGAAUGUACAGAGGCAGCAGCAACAUCUAAAUAGGUGCAUGGAUAAAGCAGAAAAAGAAAAGGAAACAGCACAAGCAACUACUGUCUUGGAUUGCCCUAUUUGUGGCAAAAGGUUAAAAACAGAAAAGCAAAGAAAAGUUCACUUGAAGAUAUGUGGAAAGUCCAGUGGUUUGAAACCCCAAGAGUUACUGGAAAAAAUUAAGCAGCAGGAGAUAGAAAUUAAACCAAAUAGCAGCAAUGUUCUUAGUUUCCAGAAACCACAAGCAGAGAGACCUAAGCCAAAAAGAGGAAGGAAAAAAGCCGCAGCAACGAAGACAAAACAAUCUUGGGAAACAGAUGAAGAACUGCAGGUUGCCAUGGCAAUAUCUGCAUCUCUUAAUGAUCAAGAAAGUAAAAAUGCUGUUUGUGACCUGUACGAAAGGAAGAAUAAAAAGAAGACAAAGAGAGGAACAAAAGCGAACAAACUGUUGGAGAUGCCCGUAUUACUCUCAAGAAGUGAAGCAGAAAAAACAAGGAUUACAGUUGACAGGUUUACAAACAUUUUAGAAUGGAAUUCAGAUGAGGAAGAGGAAGUGAUCACACUACCUCCAAGCAGAUUGAAGAAAAACAGGAUUGUCAACCAAUCCACUUCAUCCAAGCCACAUCUUAAUUAUUGGAGCUUAUCAAGCCUGACCGGGAAUUAUGAGCAAAACCAGGAAUUUGUGUCCAAACAAACACAGAAAUGUGUGACUGAGAAAGAAACCAACCCAAGUAUACUCACCCAGUCAACAAGAAAUGUGAGGUCAAUGUCUGAGCAGAGUGCAAGUGGAUCAAUUUCCAGCACUUGCAGGAUUCUGGCAGAAUUAGCUGAAGAUCAUGUGACCCAGUCUGGAGGACAUUCACCUCCAAAACAGGCUUCUACCGAAGAGGACUGGCAUAAGACGAACCUCAUAGGGUGCUUCUCAUCUCUCAUUGACAAUGAAUUCUUGAGCGACGUGACAAUCCAAUGUGAAAAUGACACCACCAUCAAUGCCCACUCUUUCAUCAUUCACCUCCGAUGCCCAGAUCUUCACAAGAGUUUAAUACGUGAUGAUACCAAGUGGUCUUGUGAUUUAAAAACUUACUCCCAGGCGUCCGUGUUAGCCUUCAUUAGUUAUAUGUAUGCGGCAAAUGUAGAUAUUUCAGUGUUUGUAUUACCCGAAUUAAUCCGCUUACUCAAAAGGUAUCACAUGCAAGGUUUGGAUGAUUUGUGCCGUAAACUGGAAGCAGACCGACAAAAAGACAAUCAUGAUUUAAAAUUUGUUUCUAAAGAUUUGGAUGAACUAAUGGAAGGCAUUGAAGAGGAAGAAAUGGAGAUUUGUUAUUCUGAUCGGGAGAAUGAGGAAGAGAAUCUUGGUCAUGUUCUUCUUGACAUUGAUGAUGCCAAUAAUGUUUUUAUGGAAUCUCCUCCAAGAGCCAAACCCAGUUCACCAUCUAAUGAUAAUCUGUCUAUUGAACUAACAGAAGCAAAUAGAAUAAAAGACAUACAUGACGUAUCAUGUGGAAUGGAUGUCGAAGAAAUUCCUAAGAACCUUACAGUAGAGAAAACUACUGAAUCUGAAGAACAACCUCAAAUAGAUAAUUCUGCUAGAGAAGUUCAUGUUAACGAAGAAGAGGUCAUCGAAUGUGUUGCUUCAACUCCGGUUAUAAGAAAUAUACAAAGAUGUAAUUUCCGUCCGCCCAUCACAUCACCAAUUUUGGAACCAAAUUUUAAGUCUGUUGAAAUAUCAACUUCAGUUGUACGAAAUGUAAAGAGACGCCAUUUGCCUGCUUCUAGUACAUCUCCAAUUUCGGAACAAAGGUCAAUUUCUGAGUUUGUUGAUUUAACAACUCCACUUGCAGGAAAUGUAAAAAGAUGUUAUUCAUCUUCUCCUACUAUAACUCCCAUGUUGGAACCAAGUUCUAAGUCUGUUGUUUCAAAAACUCCAGUUGCAAGUAAUGUAGAAAGACAGCAAGUGUCACCUCUAAUUAGUUAUCCAGUCUCUUCAAUGUUAGAACUAAGUUCACAGUCUGUUGCAUCAGCAAUAUCAGUUGUAAGUAAUGAACAAAGACAGCAGCCGCAACCUCAAAUUCUGGAACCUAGUUCAAAUCAUAAUCGAGAGCCUGUUGAUUUUACAUCUUCGCUUAGGAGAAGGAUCGAAAACAGAUUAGAUGGUCAUGCAAAGAAAAUUGAAUUAGCUGAUACUGCAAGAUUACAGGUCUCGGAGAGCGAAGUGACUUCAGAUACAUCCCAAAAGAGUGUGAAAUUAUCAAUUAAGAAUAACAGAAAUGAUGAACCAUUUACUGAUGAUCAUAUAGCGGAUUUAAAGUUUUCUUAUGAUAAAGGUGAUGGGAUAUGGAAUGAGUCUGGGGAUGUGUGUGAUUUAACAGGUGAAGAACCUGAAGAAGAGAAGAACACAGUAGCAAAAAUGAAUGAGGAGCUGAGAAAAAAGGAGGAUGGUGAUUACGGCAAAACUAAAGAAGUAAUGCCGGCUUUAAUUUUCAGUCCAGUAAACAAAAAUGCAGAUAAUGUGAAUGCAUCAGUGUGUCCAAGUCCCGGUGACCAGUUACAUAAAGAUGCCCUGGAAUUCAGUUGUACUCAGAGCUUCUUACUAGAUUUACAGUCUGGAAAACUCCAGGAGGAUCAGCUGUGGGGAGGAUGUGUUGUAAAGAUGACUGAUUGCCGGAAUCAGAUUGCCAUGGCCGCUAAUGAUUUGCCUGAAAAAAUAAAGAAAAAGAAGAAAGCAGCAUCAAAAGGAAAGGAAGCACAGGUGCCCAUGCCAGCUGUAGAUGCGCUGAAUACACCUGCACUAAAGAAAGAACUCAGCCAGUUUGGUGUAAAGGCCCUAAGUAAAAAACAGGGUAAAACACUGUUGAAAGAAAUUUACAGACAGUCAGAAAUAGGCGAAGAAAAGGAUGUAGAGGAUGAACAAGCUAACAAACAGAGCAGCAACGAUGUUUCGCAUUCAGAUAUUUCAAGUACAGAACAAAGUGAAAGCGAGACAAGUGACGGUGAGAAUCCCCUACUUGAUGAAAACCUUAUUUGUUCUCCAACAAAGCAUGGGCAAGAUGUUGAUAUACAGCUCAGUGGAUUUAUAAAGCAAAAUCAAACACUGUUUACUAGUGUUUUAAUGUAUGAGCCUAUAAAUUUUAGCAAAUUGCAUCAAGAUGUUCUUGAUAGUGGAAUCAAAUGCUCCAAGGCUAAUUUAAUCAAGUUCCUUGAUCAAAAGUGUAUCAACUUUCGCUUCACUGAAGUGGGCAGCAAUCGCCAGGGGAAAACAAGAAGCAAAAGGAAACCAAAGAAAAAAGAAAAGCCUUCUUCAUAGGUCACUAAGGUCAUUGGCUGUCAAUCAGUGGUGUAUCUUGCAGAAUGCAUGUACCCUGCCCUCCCCCCUCAUCAAGAAAAAAGCUUGCCUUCCUCCAGUCACACCCCCUUCAGUCCCCUCAUUGAGCCCCCACUCCACAUUAGCAACCACACCCCCCCCCCAUUUUAAGACUUAUAUAUACACCACUACUGUCGUUUCCUAUGACUUCGCAUUCAGUCAAACGAAUCGUAAUAAACAUACGGUAAUUUGAAGAAGUAUUUGUGAUACUGUACUUUAUAUUAGACAACACUUAUACAAAGAUUCUGACUUGCUACAAGAUUAUUUAAAACUUGAUGAAUACAAUUUGUGUAGAUACUGGUAUCGGCAUUUAUAAUGCGCCUCUUCCUAGCGGUUAUAAAGGGCAGUUCGUCUUCCUGGUCAUUGGGUCCACAUGCUCAAGUUUAGCUGCCGGUAGUCAGCAGCAUGUAGAGAGAGUAGCAACUCAAAUAAAGUGCCUUGCUCAAAGACACAAGUAAAAUGCACAGGAAGUGAUUGAAACCCCGACUUUGAGGUUGGGGAAACCAAACCGUUCCCGCUGCACCAAACCGCUUCCACAAGAUAGAUUUGAGGCACUUAUGUUUGCCAACUUUGAAAAAUAACAAGUGUAUGUCAUUCAGGUAUUUACGAUUUUUCAUGGAAUUGAUUUUUUUGGGCCCAAAUUUGAGUAUUCCAAAACUAGAGGCCAUCCAUGAAGUUAAAAACUAUGAACAAAAAUUAAUUGUAAGAAUAAAGACAUUUGGGGUUUGAAGUUA